AAACCAAACGCCUCUCUCCAAAAAAGCUACAUUAGGUACUGAAGCUACCCUAUUGUAGCCGAACAACAAUUGCGACGACGAACCCCGAAGUCCUCGAGACAAAUUGUUCAAGAUGCAUCCCACGACGCGCCUUCGCAUGUUCCAGCCGACACGCCGCAUGUUGCGGCCCGUUCCCAACGAGGAGCAAGCUGCACACACCAUCUCGCAACGCCUUCGUCGUCUCCGAAAGAUCCCCCCGGAGUUGCUGCCCCUUGGCGUUGUCGUCGGUUUUGCUGUCAUUGCCGCCGCCUACUCCAGCCUGCGACACUUCAUGACCGACAAGACCAUCCGUCUGAAGCGUCAGAACCGUGCUGCCGACUCCCACAGUGAGGGACACGGCGAAGGCGCUCACUAGAUUUGGAAUGGAGGCAUGUGUAGCAUAGUUAGACGGAGUGUACAGCCAGUCUGCGGCAUUUGGGGAGCCAAAAAGUCACAACCGAACGGUGUACGUUGGGUAUUGUCACAAAUACGGACGCCAGGUUAUCAAGAGAUUAUUUCAUUUUUUUCCCGACUCUCAAA